GGCCACUGGACAAGUUACCUUACACCCCACUGGACAUUGGACACUAUACACUGUACCAGACACAGGACACCCUACUGGCCACUGGACAAGUUACCUUACACCCCACUGGCCACUGGACAAGUUACCUUACACCCUACUGGACAUUGGACACUAUACACUGUACCAGACACAGGACACCCUACUGGACAUUGGACAAGUUACCUUACACCCCACUGGCCACUGGACAAGUUACCUUACACCCUACUGGACAUUGGACACUAUACACUGUACCAGACACAGGACACCCUACUGGACACUGGACAAGUUACCUUACACCCCACUGGCCACUGGACAAUUACCUUACACCCCACUGGACAUUGGACAAGUUACCUUACACCCCACUGGACAUUGGACACUAUACACUGUACCAGACACAGGAUACCCUACUGGACAUUGGACAAGUUACCUUACACCCCACUGGCCACUGGACAAGUUACCUUACCCACUGGACAUUGGACACUAUACACCGUACCAGACACAGGACACCCUACUGGACACUGGACAAGUUACCUUACACCCCACUGGCCACUGGACACUAUACACUGUACCAGACACCAGACACAGGACACCCUACUGGACACUGUACACUGUACCAGACACCGGACAUGCUACUGGACACUGGACACUAUACACUGUACCAGACAC